GGCCCGGGGCCGCUGACAGCCGCCGCCGCGCCAUGUACGCCAAGGGCAAGGGCUCCGGCGUGCCCUCGGACGGCCAGGCCCGCGAGAGUGAGCUGGCGCUCUACGUCUACGAGUACCUGCUGCACGUGGGGGCCCAGAAAUCCGCCCAGACCUUCCUGUCGGAGAUCCGAUGGGAGAAGAACAUCACGCUGGGGGAGCCCCCUGGCUUCCUGCACUCCUGGUGGUGCGUCUUCUGGGACCUGUACUGUGCCGCCCCGGAUCGCCGGGAGACCUGUGAGCAUUCCAGCGAGGCCAAAGCCUUCCAUGACUACAGCGCGGCGGCCGCGCCCAGCCCGGUGAUGGGGAACCUGCCCCCCGGGGACGGCAUGGCCGGGGGUCCUGUGCCCCCCGCCUUCUUCCAGCCCUUCAUGUCCCCCCGCUACCCCGGCGGGCCCCGGCCCCCACUCCGGAUGCCCAACCAGCCCCCCGUGGGUGUUCCCGGCUCGCAGCCACUGCUGCCCAACGCCAUGGACCCGGCUACGCGGUCACAGGGACAUCCUGGAAUGGGGGGCCCGAUGCAGCGCAUGAACCCCCCCCGAGGCAUGGCCGGCAUGGGACCCCAGACCUAUGGCAGUGGGAUGCGACCUCCCCCCAGCUCGCUGGCCGGUCCUGGCAUGCCUGCCAUGAACAUGGGUCCCGGUGGCCGCGGGCCCUGGCCCAACCCCAACGCCAACUCUAUCGCCUACUCCUCCUCAUCCCCUGGGAACUACGUGGGCCCCCCCGGGGGUGGUGGCCCCCCCGGUACCCCCAUCCUACCCAGCCCCGGAGACUCCACCAACUCCAGUGAGAACAUGUACACCAUGAUGAACCCCAUCGGACCCGCGGGCAACCGGCCGAACUUCCCGAUGGGGCCUGGCCCCGAGGGGCCCAUGGGCGGGAUGAGCGCGAUGGAGCCGCAUCACAUGAACGGAUCCCUAGGCUCCGGGGACAUGGAUGGGCUGCCAAAGAGCUCCCCCAGUAACCUGGGGGCCCUGAGCAACCCCCCCGGGACCCCUCGGGACGACGCCGAGCUGAGCAGCAAUUUCCUAAAUCCCUUCCAAGCGACAGCGUAAGGGACCCGGCGGGGACCCCGCGGACCCCCGGGGGCAGGCGGCGAGGGCGGGGG